UGGUGUAGAGCGUAUAUGAGCUGAGUGGUGUCAGUGUUUGUCGACCUCGGAGCAGAAUGGCUGCAGUCACAGAGCUCUCCUUCCUGCUGUUUGCUCUCAUCAACAACAUCCAUGCUCAAGAACCGAUCAUCAUCCGAGAGGAAGGAGACUCUUACACCUUCAACCUCCCCGAGAACACCAACUCCUGCCUGAUCUCCAGAUCUGUUGGUGAGGAGAAGCUUGUCCUGUGGAACACCUCUGACCUCUGGUCCAACAGCUCCUCAGUACCUGAAGACCUGAAACAACGACUUGACAGCACGGUGAAAACUUCUUCUUACACCAUCCUCAACCUGACCCAUUCAGACUCCGGCCCGUACAAAGAGGAGUGUUGGACUGAGGGCAACGUGACGUAUGAGAACAACUUCACUAUUACUGUUUGUACUACAACAGAUUGGAGUGAUAUCACAGCGAGACUUGGAGAAACAGUGGACCUGCCAUGUGAGGGACCAGCUGAUAAUCUGGAUAUCCAGUGGCUCAAACAGGACUCUAUAUAUGAGCAACAAACAUGGAGCAGAGGUUUGGGGGACAAUAUGACAUCAGUGAUGGACAAUGUUAGAGGAAGAUACCAAGUGGUGACAAACACAUCAGCUCUUUGUGUUUCCAACGUCACAAAAACAGACAUUUCAUGGUACAGAUGCCUGGUGAUGAACCAACAGCAGUGUGUUAGCUGGUACUCUGUACACUUGGGACUACCGUUUGAGGUUGAGACAAUCUACGACUCACCACCUAUCAACCCAACAGCUACCUAUCGACCCAACAGCCACCUAUCAACCCAACAGCUACCUAUCGACCCAACAGCCACCUAUCAACCCAACAGCUACUUAUCAACCCAACAGCCCCCUAUCAACCAACAGCCACCUAUUGACCCAACAGCCAUCUAUCGACCCAACAGCCACCUAUCGAUCCAACAGCCACCUACCAACCCAACAGCCACCUAUCAACCCAACAGCCACCAACAGCCACCUACCAACCCAAGAGCCAUCUAUUAA